GAUGAGGCUGUAGUAAUUCAUUCCUAGCGGAGCAGAGGAGCGGACAUAGCGGCUACAGAGGACACAUGGAGCCCUGUGUCUAACACAUUGGACUGUUCCUCCCACUGCGAGGACUUCCUGCGCUUUGGGACUAACUCUCUGUCAGGGGAAGCCUUUCUGAGUGUUUCUCCUCUCUGUGACGGGAGAGAACUGGACUGAGUGACCGGGUGCCUCUGCCGCCUCUCCUCCCAUCACCUGCGGCUCGCUUUGUAAGGACAGUCCGCUGUUUCCGUCGCAGAGUUUUGGAGUGUUAUCAAAAGUUACUAUGUUUGAACUUCUCAUUUAAUUCCAUCCGGCUGAGAUGCUGCCUGUGGAGUGUGAAGCUGUUUGCAUCCUAUAUACCUGACCUCCUUGGCAGUGGCACGCCUGUUUGGAUUUAUCUCAGCUGCUGGACAGCCUGUCUGACUGCUUUUCCUGGAGACUGUGACCCACCUUUUCCACCUAUGAAACAUCUGAGAGGAUAAUGGAGUACCACCACACUUUGGUUCACCUACUGGCUUUAUUUGCAUUUAUAACUUUGGCACAUGGAUCCCGCCCCAGGUUAGAAGAUGCCGCUCCCCGGAUUGUGGAACACCCGUCUGAUCUCAUCGUGUCUAAGGGUGAGCCGGCCACCCUCAACUGUAAGGCGGAGGGCCGGCCCACUCCAAUGGUGGAAUGGUACAAAGAUGGCGAGCGCGUGGAGACGGAUCGAGAGGACCCUCGAUCCCACCGGAUGCUCUUACCCAGCGGCUCCCUCUUCUUCCUGAGAAUUGUUCACGGGAGGCGGAGCAAACCUGAUGAAGGUCUCUAUGUUUGUGUGGCUCGAAACUACCUGGGAGAGGCGGUCAGUCGCAACGCAUCGCUGGAGGUGGCAAUCCUGAGAGAUGACUUCCGUCAGACGCCCAGUGAUGUGGUGGUGGCAGCAGGUGAGCCGGCUGUUAUGGAGUGUAUCCCCCCCCGAGGCCACCCCGAGCCCACCAUCUCCUGGAAGAGAAACAACAUCCGGGUCAACGACAGAGAUGAGAGGAUCACUAUGCGAGGAGGAAAGUUGAUGAUUUCCAACACCAGGAAAAGUGACGCUGGCAUGUAUGUGUGUGUUGGAACCAACAUGGUGGGGGAGAAAGACAGUGACCCUGCUGAGCUGGUGGUGUUCGAGAGGCCAGUGUUCACUAAGCAGCCGGUGAACCAGGUGGUGUUGGCGGAGGACACGGUGGACUUCUUCUGCGAGGUGCACGGAGACCCCACUCCCACUGUCCGCUGGCGGAAGGAGGAGGGGGAGUUUCCCCGGGGCAGGUUUCAGAUACGCAGCGACAACAGUCUGCAUCUGACCCAGGUGCGAGGCGAGGACGAGGGCACGUACACCUGCGUAUCUGAGAACAGCGUGGGCAAGGCCGAGGCGUCCGGCAGCCUGCAAGUGCACGUCGGCCCAUCCUUGCCCCCUCAGAUUGUGGUUCGGCCCCGGGACCAGAUCACAGCUCCAGGUCGCACCGUAACCUUCCUCUGCGGCACCAAAGGAAACCCUCCGCCAGCCGUGUUCUGGCAGAAAGAAGGCAGCCAGGAAACGGACUCUGGGGUGUACACCUGCCUGGCUUCCAGCUCCAGUGGAGAGACGAGUUGGAGUGGAGUGCUCACUGUCAAAGAGAGUGCAGACCCCUCAGUGGCUCAGGCCUCAGAACCCUUCCAGCUGCCGGGCCCCCCCCACAAACCCAUGGUCACAGACGUGUCCAAGAACAGUGUGUCUCUCACCUGGCAACCCAACGCUCACGAGGGAGGGGCCGCCGUCACCUCCUACAUCAUCGAGGCCUUCAGCCAAUCAGCAGGCAGCACCUGGCAGACUGUAGCCGACAUGGUGAAGAUGGAAACACACACCAUCACCGGCCUCCUCCCCAACACCAUCUACCUGUUCAUCGUGCGAGCCGUGAACGCCUACGGCCUGAGCGACCCCAGCCCCAUCUCUGAGCCCGUCAGGACCCAAGAUGUGAGUCCCACUGGGCAGGGCGUGGACCACAGGCAGGUGCAGAGGGAGCUGGGGGAGGUGGCCGUCCAGCUGCAGGAGCCCGUGACCCUGACAACGUCCUCCAUCAGAGUGUCCUGGACCGUGGACCGUCAGUCUCAGUACGUGCAGGGCUACCGGCUCUUCUACCGGCCAAGCGGGGGGUCCUGGCUCCUGCAGGAUAUCAACUCCCCCUCUGAACGCAGCACCACUCUCACCAACCUGCUUAAAGGAACCGAGCACGAGAUAAAGAUCCGUCCAUAUUUCGAUGAAUUCCAGGGAAAGGACAGUCGGACGUUACUGGUUCGAACCACAGAAGAAGUCCCCAGUGCCCCACCGAGAUCUGUUACCGUGGUGACGGUGAAGCUAAGCAACAGCUCCAACAUCAGCGUCUCCUGGGAGCCCCCCCCCAGCGAGAUGCAGAAUGGUAUCAUCCAGGAGUACAGGGUUUGGUGUGUGGGCAGCGGCGGAGACAACCAGACGCGGUACUACAUCAACCGGACGGUAGACGGGGACACUCUGUCCACGGCGCUGAGGGGCCUGGUGCCCGGCGUGCUCUACCAGCUGGAGGUGGCGGCGGUGACCAGCGCCGGGGUGGGGGCCCGUAGCCAGCCACUGUCCGUGCUCAUCAAGCUGCCAGCUGAAGCGCCCUCUGCUCCAGGCGGGGGGGGCCCCAGCGACGGCAGCGAGGAGAGCAGCGUGAGUCUGGCGGAGCAGAUCACCGACGUGGUGAAGCAGCCGGCCUUCAUCGCGGGCAUCGGGGGGGCCUGCUGGGUCAUCCUCAUGGGCUUCAGCGUCUGGAUCUACUGCCGCCGCAAGAAGAGGAAGGAGCUGAGCCACUACACCGCCUCCUUCAACUACACCCCCGCAGUCGGUUUUCCUCAUGUAGAGGGAGCAGGACUCAAUGGAAGAAGUCUCCUCUGCAGGCCGGGGGUUCUGGGGGGGAGCAUGGGAAAUUACCCGUGGCUGGCCGACUCCUGGCCCACCACCAACCUGGUGCACAGCGGGAAGGAAGCUGUCACCUGCUGCACCACCAACCACGACACCGCCGAGAGAUACUACAACGAAGCGGGUAUCUCCAAUUACCUGAACCAGACGGAGAAGUACAGCAUGGGGGGCUCCACUGAGGGCCCGAUCUACAGCACCAUCGACGCCACCAACGAGGAGAUGCACGGCUUCACCUACGCCCAGCACACCUCCCCCACCCCCUACGCCUCCACCUCCAUCACGCCUUGCCCCACCCACACCCAGGGGUCCCACAACAACGAGCAGCAGGAGGAGGGACACUGGAUCCCCCAGCCCGGGCCCUCUGGGGCCCAGUAUGCCCAGCCGGACCGCUGCACUGGUAAGCCCAAACAGAAGGCGAUGGGUAAGGCUGUGAAGACCCCGUCUCUGACCUGGAUGGAGGCGUUGCCCCCACCCCCCCCCAUCGGAGAGCUGGAACAGUGUGAGCCGGACGAUCAGCCCCCGGAGCACGAGGACAUGGACAUAGGGUCAGAUGAAGAGUGGUGCCCCCCCCUCCCAGAGAGGACCUAUCUGAUGGAGGGCUGCGAGGACGGACCCUCCCCCCUACACAGGAACACCGCCUCCUCUCCAGCCACCUCCUACAGUCACCAGUCCACCGCCACGCUCACCCCUUCGCCUCACGAGGAGCCCCGGGGCCCCCAUGACCCCCCACGCCUCAGCCAAGCAGACCAGCAGCUGUCACGCAGAAGGUUGGCCUGCGGUCCGGUGCCAGUUCCCCAGGCCCCCAGCCCUCUGCCCCCCCCUUCCAUCCCCAGCCUCUCCGGCCAGCAGCAUCAAGGCUCAUCGGAGGCUGGCACGCUGCAGUGCCAGAGCCCCGCCCCCCGCGGCCCCCACAGCCAGGGGCCGACGCUCAACCCAGACAGCGGCAGCACUACACCGGUGCACAGUUGCUCCUCCCCAGCAGAAACGUGCACUCCCCCCAACCAAAAAUCCAGAGUGAAGAAAAAGGUGUCCAAGAGUUCAGCUUACAGAAGAGAUGCGCAAGGAGACCUUCCCCCACCUCCAGAGCCUCCCCCAGGGGGGGAGAGGUUGCAGGGUCUGCAGGGGAGCAUGGAGGCCAGCAACGCAGUGAACGUGGCCUUGUCCUCCCUGGAGAGGAGCGAGUACAGCAGCCAGAGGAAGGGCUCGGCUCACAGACACAUCGAAAAUGAGGACCUGCUGCCCUACAGCAGUAAGGUUCUCCACCUCUCCAGGAGCCAGAUGUCCAGUAACUGCUCGACCACAGGAAGCUCCUCGUCCAGAGGCUCCACGGGCUCCAGAGGGCCCCCCUCAGCCAGGAAAUACACCGAGGAGAUGAGAUAAGGACCCAGGGAGUGUCGGUGUACCUUCGAUGCCCCCCCCCCCUCUCCCUGAAGACAGCGAGGACAGCUUAGUGUUUCAGGAUCCAGACUCUGCGUCCCUGUGUGAAAGAAAGCUACCAUUUUUGGCAUUACAUUGAAUAUUUAUGAGCAAUUGAGUUCUUUCCUCUCCCUUCAUUUGUAAAUACCUGUCUGUACUGUUUGGGCUCUGGAUGCAGGGAAAGAGACGUAUAUUGUAUUUAUGAGGAUGAAAAAACAUGUAAAAAGUCUGUUAUUAUAAAUAAGCUCAUGUCUUCUUGAAUGUGCCAACCUUUUUGUCAAAAUGUAUACCUUUGGGAAAAGCAUAAGCUACUGUUGCACUCUCUUGUUGUGAUGGCAAAACAACAGAACAUAUGAAGCACAAAGUGUGUUUGCUGUAGAGGGGCGAUUGGAAAAACCAAAAGGAGCGGGGCCAGCUUCCGGAGGCCGGGACCCCCGCACCCAUGUGUCCGCUAAGAAUGUCAAACUUUUCUAUGUUUCCUUUGGUUUCUUCUGCUGCAGAGCGACCGGCAGACACAAGCUUUAUAAAAGUUUGAUUGUACCCCCCCCGCUCCUCACCUUGUGCGUCUGAGGGACUGUUUGCUGCAGUUGUGAGAAAACAUUUGCAUAUAAUCCGUCGAAAACAAACAGAAACAUUUCUCUGGACUGACUUUUUGUACUAUUGUUGUUUUGUAAAUGUACAAUAAAAAAUAAUGCUGAUCUCAUUCCUGAA